CUCCAAUGUCACAAGAAGCAAAUAUUGACUUGGACUUUUUUGAAUCACUCGAGUCAAAAUCACAGCAACUACUUCAGCAGUUUGUAGAUCAUGUUUCAAAAGUUCAAGAACAAAUGCAGCAAAUGUCAACGUCAACAACUGAGUUAGAACAUGUCUACUUGUCAAGCACACAGCAUUUGUGUGAAGAACUAGAGGCAAGCACUAGGAAAUCUAUUGAGCUGAUUACUCAUUGUGAUGAACUCGAUAAGGAUCUGUUACAACUGCAGGAACUUGCAAGACAAAUCAAAUCUGUGGAUAAGGCCCUUGAUCAAUUACAACACGCAUUAAAAAUAAAAUAACAAUGGGAAAAAGAAAAGAAGAAAUGCUCUGUUAGGAUAUAGAAAUAUGGCCGUAAAAGAACCGUAUUUCUUUCACCUUAGUGCACAUAAAUGUCAUACAAGAAGGAUAUUGAUCACACUUUCUUUUUCUGUAAAAAAAAAAAAA